AGCAGUUUUACUAGCAAAAGUUCAGGAAUGGAAAUUGAUGUCAGUUCUAAUCAAGACGAACUAAGAUUUGGAUCUUUAGACCGAGCUCCCCCACCAGAUAAUGGUCCAGAAGUGACUAAACAGCCGCCGCGAUUUGACGGAGAUAUGUACACUCCUCGGUGGGUACGUGGAGUUGGUAAAUCAAAGGAAGGACUUUGUCCUCAUUGUGAACCUGCGAGAUGGCUUAAAACAAAAAUUUCAGCCUACUGGUAUCAUCUUAAUUAUCAACAUGGUGUUUCUUCUAUUACUGGGAGGCCAUUUGCACAACCUACUGCAGAAAGAGUUAAUAAAAAAACUGGUAUGAAAGAAGCACUUUGUCAUAAAUGCAAUAAAUGGAUUUUAAACCAAUCUCCACGUGAUAAAGAUGUUUUGGUCCCAGAAAUUUAUUGGUAUAAACAUGCACAAAAGUGCCACCACACAGGUUCUUAAGAAAUCUUAAGGAUCUUAAAUAUGUUUUAUAUUAAAUACUAUAGAAUAUCCAAAUUUUAGUAGGUUAAUAAGGUAUUCAAAAUUUAAGAAUUUGUUAUUAAAAUCAUUAGAAAUAUUAUUAAAUUGAAAAAUAAU